CUAUUGAGACGCGGAGACGCUCCAGAUUGAUUAGGAUCUUAACGGCCAGUUAAUUCAGAGCCAAAGGACCUGCGUCACUCUCGAGCGAUUGCUCAGCACGAUAUCCGACCGAGGCAGCGGACAGGAAAGCGCUGAGCACUCGACAACGUGUAGCGCAGGGAAGCAACGGCUCUUUCAGUGCGACUCCUCUAGUGUUGUUUGACAAUGGCAACGGAAAUGCAGUCGUUCUACACCCCCUCCACCUCCACACAUAUCUCGUCGCAUGCGCCGGCUGCAGUGGAUGAGCUGAUCAACAAAUACUCCUCCACCAUGACGAACUCCCCUUGUUCGAGUCAUUUGUCCAUGAAGCACCCCCGGCGCAACAUCUUGCAGCGAUCUGUCGACCGUAUCCGGCUGGAAUACUACCGCUACGAGGUUACAUUUGGACUCUAUGUGAUGACGCCAGGGGAGAAGCUGGUGGCCAACACCUUCGUGAUGGUCGUCUUGUCCUUGCUGUUCUGGGCACUGCUGGUUUAUUUCCCCGCGUUGCUGUACCAGAAGCUCAGCCGUCUCGUAUGGCUGUUGACCGGACACAGUAGCGAGGAAAUGGGUGCAGCCUUGGGCAUCCUCGACUCGCACGUCAACUCGAUAUCCACGCCCUCCACCUAAGCGAAUCACCUGACCAUUGGCUAAGCGUAUUUGCCUGACCGACAUCAUGACUAUAUUAUUUUUGCUCUUGGUUUGUUUGCUUUUUUUUUGGUAUAAGACAACAGGGUCUGUCAUGAUGACCCUGUUGUACUCCGUACAUUCGAUUCAAAUGAUGGCGUUGCCGUGGCGUUCCGGGACUACUAUGAUCAACCUUAGCGCGUUGCUGCGCACAGACUUAAUGAACUGAACGGAAAGGCAUCGAUUUUUAAUGCGAACACGCGGACCAAGCGUGUAGGACGGCAAGUAAUGUGGCAUUUCACCCCGAUAGAGACGGGAGCACCCGACCCUUCAGUCCUGGGUUGGGAUGGGA